AUGGCGGUCGCAACUUCAAGUUUGCCAUGGCAAGCGACUCUUCAGCAUUAUAAUAAUAGGCUUUCUCUCAAAGAUUAUCCGUUUCCGUGUCACUCUAAUCCUAUUUGCAAUAAUUCUAAUUUCAAAAGACGUAUUGUUUCUUCUUCUUCCAAAUUCAACGACCAUGUCGUCACUACCAAUUCUCCCUCCUCCAAGCUUCAAGGCCAUUUCUCAAUCUCUGGUUGUGGAUGCUCGUGGAUUCAGGACAAUUCAAUGGUUAAAGAUUCAGCUGCAAGCAAUGGGAGGUGGAAGAAGUGGUCGGCGUUACCGGCAAAAACAGUGGAUGUGUCUUCGGUGUCAGAUCUUUUUGAAUUCAUAUGCUCGGGUCCUCUCGUAGACAAGAUUGGUAUCACUCCUGAAAGAGUUGGCCAGGCCAUUGACAAGUGGUUACUCUAUGGCUCACAACUCUGCAGACUCUUUCAGCUUAAUGAGCUUAUGCUCACGCUUCCUCAGAGAGCUAGGCUUUACCAUUACUAUAUCCCCGUCUUUGUUUGGUGCGAAGAUCAGAUUGCUCUCCAUAACUCCAAAUUUCAAGAUGGAGAUGAUGUGCCUCCAUUAGUGAUUGGGUUUAGCGCACCACAAGGAUGUGGCAAGACUACACUUGUGUUUGCACUUGAUUAUCUUUUCAAAACUACAAAAAGGAAGUCGGCGACAGUAUCCAUAGACGAUUUUUACUUGACUGCACAAGGGCAGUCUAAAUUGAGAGAAGAUAAUCCAGGAAAUGCACUUCUAGAGUAUCGUGGAAAUGCAGGAAGCCAUGAUCUUCCCUUCUCUGUCGAAACACUAGAUGCCCUGACUAAACUGACCAAGGACGGCAUGAAGAUGAAAGUUCCUCGGUACGAUAAGUCUGCUUAUAGCGGGAGGGGUGACAGAGCCGAGGCAACAACAUGGCCUGAAGUCGAAGGACCUCUAAAGGUUAUUCUCUUUGAGGGAUGGAUGCUUGGUUUUAAGCCUGUUCCAGCUGAAGUCGUUAAAGCAGUGGACCCGCAGCUGGAGAUUGUGAACAAGAACCUUGAAGCGUAUUACGAGGCAUGGGACAAGUACAUCGACGCAUGGGUGGUCAUCAAAAUCAAGGACCCAAGUUAUGUAUACCGGUGGCGUCUUCAGGCGGAAAUCGCCAUGAGGCAGGCUGGUAAAGCCGGGAUGUCAGAUGAUGAGGUGAACGACUUUGUGUCGCGGUAUUUGCCGGCAUAUAAGGCCUAUCUUCCGACCCUUUACGCGGAAGGACCAAGCGGGUCGGACCCAGACCGUGUCCUUGCCAUUGAUAUCGACGAAGAAAGGAACCCGAUACUCGCAAACUAG